AUGGGUAAGGGGAAACCGAAGGCUGAUGGUAAUGAAGUUAGAACUGGGUGGAAAGAUCCUAAAGAAUUAAAAGCUUAUUGUGAUUUGUGUGCUGCCCAAGUCCUAGACGGUAAGAAGCAUAAUGGAUUUUUGAGAAAGGAAGGGGUUGAUGAAGUGAUUGAGCAGUUGGGUGAAAUGGGAAAAGUGGUGACUCCCACGCAGUUUAAAAACAAAUGGGAUCAUGUGAGAAAGUAUUGGAAGACUUGGAAGGAGUGUUUUGGUGAGACUGGGUUAGGUUAUGAUCCUGUAACUGGGGUUAUUCACAUGACUGAUGAGUGGUGGACCCGAAAGAUUCAGGUUAGUUCACUUUACAUCAUUGUGGAAAACUUAGUUGUCUACAACUAA